AGUCGCAGACUCAAAUUGUUGCGAGCUGACGGGUCGUUGCUUGAGUGAUAUAUGCGAAAAUAUGCUGUUUUGUGCAAUUUAGGAGUGUAGAAACGAAAGUAAAAAAUAAAAAUAUUUCGAAUAGAGGUGUUUUCUAACAAAGGCACGUGUAAUUUUUUAAUUUUUUGGAUAGAAUCUUAACUAAACAUGGACAAAAUAUCAAAUUGUCUUUAUUACAAGCAAUAUUCAACCUUAUUUCGUUAAGAUAAGGUCCAGCUGUAAACACGUUUUGAAUAAAAUAGCUGCGAUAGUGUUGUAACAACGCCGACAUUAAAGUUUUCGAUAAAAUGUUAUCUCAGUCCUGUUAAUUCACUAACAUAUUAAUGUAAAUUUGCAAAUGCUGGAAGUCUCUGAAAAUGUACGAAAUUGUAGGGUGAAGGCUACAAAUGAACAUUUGUUAGGGUUGCUAAGCCAGAGAAAUAAAUCCCAAAGACAACUGAAGAAUGGAAAAAUAUUUCGAGAGUGUUUGAUAACCGUUGGAAUUUUCCUGGAUGUUGUGGAGCCUUAGAUGGCAAGCACGUCAAUAUACAACAACCAAUCGACAGUGGAAGUGACUUUUUUAAUUAUAAAGGUUACUUUAGUACUGUACUUUUGGCUCUGGUAGACGGGAACUACUGUUUUACAUAUAUUGAUGUGGGCAGCCAGGGUAGAUCAAACGAUGCUUCAAUAUUCAGUAAUUCAAUACUUAAAGAGAAAUUGGAAGAUGGGACUCUGAAUUUUCCUUCUUGGGGUGUCAUUUUAGGAGACGAAGCUUUUCCACUGAAACAGUAUUUGAUGAAACCAUAUUCUCGAAGAUUAACAUUGACAGCCGAAGAGAAAACUUUUAACUACCGUCUUUCUCGUGCCAGAAGAAUAGUAGAAAAUGCAUUUGGCAUAAUGGUGUCAAAAUUUCGAAUAUACCGGACUCCAAUAUAUUUGUGUCCAGACAAAGUUGACAAAAUUGUUAAAGCAACUUGUGCACUUCACAACUGGCUCAUGAAGACAGCCAUGCACUAUUAUGCACCAGUGGGAACAAUGGACACAGAUGACAGACCUGGUUCGUGGAGACAGGAACCUAGUUCAAAUUAUAUUGCACAUGUUGUGAAUCAAGGUAGUAAUCAUCCAUCUCGGUUGGCAGAGCAAAGAAGAAUCAAUUAUAAAAAUUAUUUCAUUGGAGAAGGCUCCGUCCCGUGGCAAAGUAGCAGAAUAUUUUAAGAAUAUCUGUGUUCUUAUAUUUUAACGUGACAUUAUAAAACGGCUAAUUAAUUAAAUACAAAUGUUUAUUGUUUUAUUAUAAUAAACAAACUUACCA